CCAGGCAGGGCCGGCCAACGUCUCAGGGGAAAUGCAGAGGGAGUGCCUUAAAAAACAGACGCGAGGACAAGAUAUGACAGACGCACACACAAAACAAAAAAAACUGUGAAACAUGCGGAGCACAGCGACCUUGCGAGCCACGUGCUGCCCAGAAACAACUACAACAAAAGCAGCGCGCAGUAACAGCUUCAGCUCCACCCGCCCAUCGCUUGCCGACCAAUGGUUCCAGCUCCCUGUGUACCUGGCUUGACUCCCUGCUGGUUCUGGCUCGCCAUGUUUUGGUCAGGGGCUUAAUGUUUAAGAUCUUCUUCAGCAAAAGGACCCGGACUCAACUGCAAUUAAGGUGGUGUCCGUCCGGUGCUGGACUAUUAUGCUCCAGCUGGAAGGCACCAAGUGCAGUUUCCUGUUCUGCUUGGGGAUCUGCAUGUUCAUCUGCUCUGUCAUCUACCUGAGUACCAAGGCCCCUACAGAUCCCCAAGCUCAGCACGGGCCCUUGGGCUGCAGGCCCUUCUCCCAGUACUGCCAAGCCUUCCUCCCCAGCACUGAGGGCUCUCCAGCAUGGCAACACCACGACUGCCAGGUGGAGAGCUAUCUUCUGGGUAUGGGGGGUGGAGGUGGGGACCUGGACUGCUCCCGCCUGGUGAGGGAGCUCCACUUCAUCACCAGCCCGCUUAGUCGUGAGGAGGAAGACUACCCUCUGGCCUUCAUCCUUACCGUCCACAAGGAGCUGGAGCUGCUUGUGCGCCUGCUGAGGGCCAUCUACGCACCCCAGAAUGUCUACUGUAUCCAUGUGGACGUCAAGGCUCCGCAGGAGUACAGGGAAGCCGUGGAAAGCCUGGUGGGCUGCUUCCCCAACGUGUUCCUGGCCAGCCGCAGCGAGAUGGUGACCUACGCCGGCUUCUCGCGGCUACAGGCUGACAUCAACUGUAUGGGGGACCUGGCGGCAUCUCCGGUGCCCUGGAGGAAGGUGGUCAACCUGUGCGGCCAGGACUUCCCCGUCAAGAGCAACCUGGAGCUGGUGCGCUACAUGCAGAGCAAGGAGUGGAGGGACAGGAACAUGACCCCGGGCAUCAAGCAGCCGGCGUCCAUGAGGCACCGGACUCAGCUGAGGUACAGGGAGAUCAGGGGCUCCCACGUGGCCCCCAAGCGAGGUGCACCAAAGAAGGGUGCUCCACCACAUGGGGUGCAGAUUUACUUUGGAACAGCCUACUACGCGCUAACAAGGACAUUUGUGGAGUUUGUACUGAGAAGUCAGGUGUCCAGGGACUUGCUGGAGUGGUCCAAAGACACAUUCAGCCCAGAUGAGCACUACUGGGUGACACUCAAUCACAUCAAAGAAGCGCCAGGAAGUCAUGUAGACGGAGGAUGGAGCGGCGAGAUCCGGGCGAUAAAAUGGAGGGACCAAGAGGGGACGAAACACAAUGGAUGCAAAGGUCGUUAUGUCAGGGACAUCUGCAUCUACGGUCUGGAGGAUUUGCAGUGGAUCAUCAACAGAAACAGCAUGUUUGCCAACAAGUUUGAGAGCAAGACCUUCCCAGAUGCUUUGGACUGCCUGGAGCAGUGGCACAGGGAAAAGGUCCUGCAGCAAGCCACGGUUCCCAUUCAGUCAUGGUGGCAACUUGCCACGCAAGGCAACAAAACCGGUCUUUUCAACGCCACAGUGGGACUUUGACGAGGCCGUGGCGUUCCUCCUGACCGGAAUGUACAUCUCCAAUAGACUUGUUGGUUACUGUAUCGCUUUAGAGGGCUGUACUAAAGUGUGCUGCUAGGGUGUGCUGCUUGGUGCGUUAAGCCAAAAUCUCGAGAAUGUCACUGCAUGGAUACGUAAUUAAAAGCUGAAUUCCUUUCCAAUCGUAGGAAACCGAAUGCGAGGUGACCAGAGAAGACUUGUUAUUGACAUAUCUCGGUUGUCCUGAAACGCUUUGUGAUAAAAAUAGACUUGGUGUUUCACUAAAGCCGCAUGCCUGCCAGUCGAAAUAGUUUCUGCAUAUAUUAUGACAACAUUGUGAACAUUUUGUUAGUUUUUUCAGCUGUUUGAGCACACAACAUUUUUUAUGGAGACAAAUCAAAGUUCAGUAGCCGAAGUCUACGCCCGUUCAUCAGUGAUUGGUCUACAGUACUACUCCUACUAGGAGUGGGAAUAGGGCUGGGCGAUAUGGACAAAAUAUCAUAUUACAAUAUUUUUUACGGUAUUUUAUGUUUUUGAAUAAAAGUUCUAAAUAUGCCUUAUGAGUAGUUCUAGGAUGGCAACACAUUUCAGUGGGGGUUCUCUCUAUUUAUACCACGUAUCAAACUCAUUCCACGGAGGGCCGAGUGUCUGUUGGUUUUUGGUUCUCCCUUGUACUUGAUUGAGGAAUUAAGGUCACUGAUUAGUAAAGACCUCCCCUCAUCUGGUUGUCUAGGUCUUAAUUGAAAGGAAAAAACUAAAAACCCUUAUUUACACUGUUCUAUCCAACUCCAAACAAUAAUUAUUUUCAGCAUUUUCAUACAUUUCGGCAAGUAGCCUAGUGGUUGGAGCAUUUGGCCAGUAACCAAACAGUUGCUAGAUCGAGUCCCCGAGCUGACAAGGUAAAAAUCUGUCGUUCUGCCCCUGAACAAGGCAGUUAACCCACUGAUCGUAGGCCGUCAUUGUAAAUAAGAAUUUGUUCUUAACUGACUUGCCUAGUUAAAUAAAGGUUCAAUUUAAAAAAUAUA